CCGGAGGGCUGUCGUUGACUACUGCUUUAAAGACAGACGUUGGAACGAGGCGUCGACCACGACGACGACAUCCCGACCCCGACUCCCACCACCACCACUGCACUGAUGCCCCUAUUGUCAAGAAGACGGCCGAGUGAUCUGGACGGUUUCGACGCGGAUGACCUCCCCCCUCGCCUCCGCAGUGAGCGCACCUGGAUCAUCAAGAACGCGUUCAAGACCAUGCCCGAGCGCCUGAAGGCCAAGUCGCCAAAAUACAUCCUGGGCAAGUAUCUCGGCUGGGAGUGGAUCGACGACAGCAUGGUCAAGGAGAUGAAGCGGCGGCGCGAGAGUGAAGACCCCGACGUCAACGUCUCGGCGUCGGAUCCCGACCCCCGCUGCUGGGUUCAGCUGUAGCGCGGCGGCGACCCACAGGCUAAGGCCAAGGCCAAGACCGAGGCCGAGGCCUGCCUACGCCACACGCGACGCGCUCCGCCCACCCCGCAGCCGAACGGAUAUGCGGCUGUGCUACCAUGCCAGUCCGCGAGUUACACCCGCGCCGAGACUUCGAGCCCCAAUGUGCCAAGCCACGGCGCAGUACCCCCAAACACCGCACCCCCGCCUUCAAAAUGUCCCAUGGCGCCGCUCAACGCGCUCCUGACCCGACCCCCCGCGAGCUACGAGCCUCAACGCCGUGCCGCAUCUCCCUAGACACUGUGAUAGAACCACGACAGACACGACCCCCGACUCGGACUCUACUCCGCUCCCGACACUUUCAGGUUGCCCGGUUCACCUCUCCGCCUCUGCGAGGCAGUUGUAUCCCCUCUUAGCCCGUUGUACUCGUUCUCACUCUUGAAUUUUGGUCUCCGCAUGCAUCUCC